AUGCCGCCAUUAGCGUCUCUGCAACUUCGGAGACUCUUACUCCGUUCUCGUUCCUUUUCAUUCACAUCCCCCUCUCCCUCUCCCCUUUAUCCCCCUCCUCCUCUCUUUCCCCAACAUUCCUCGACCCAUUUCCAUUCCAGGACUCUCUUCACUCCUUCCCUUUUCAUAUCCAGACAUUUCUCAUCGGAAACCCAAACAGAUCCAAUUGCGCAUUCUCUCUCCUUUGAACUUCUCAAAGAACCGGACUGUGACCCUCUCUCAGUCUCGCAGCGCCUCCACCUCAGCUUCUCGCACAUAACUCCGACCCCCAAUGUGAUUCUCCAAACCCUCAACCUCUCCCCCCAAGCUGGCCGCACUGUAUUAGGCUUCCACGAGUGGCUCUCUUCCAAUCCCCAAUUCUCACACACCGACGACACACUCUCCUAUUUCGUCGACUACUUUGGCCGACGCAAAGACUUCAAAGCAACGCAUGACCUCCUCUCCGCCGCCGGUGUCGGCGGACCGAAGACCCUAACCUCUGCAAUCGACCGCCUCGUCCGAGCCGGCCGGCCCAGCCAGGCGGUUCAGUUCUUCGAGAGAAUGGAGAGAGACUACGGGUUGAAGCGCGAUCGCGGUUCACUGAAGGUAGUCGUGGAGAAGUUGUGCUCCAAGGGUUUCGCGAGUUACGCGGAGAAGAUGGUGAAGGAUUUGGCUAGGGAGUUUUUCCCCGACGAAGCCACGUGUGAUUUGUUGAUCCGCGGCUGGUGCAUUGAUGGGAAGCUCGAGGAAGCUCAGAGGCUGGCCGGUGAGAUGUAUCGAGGAGGGUUUCAGCUUGGUGUAGGGGCUUACAAUGCUAUGCUUGAUUGCGUGUGUAAGCUUUGUCGCGAGAAGGAUCCGUUUCGGCUUGAUUCGGAAGCGGAGAAGGUUCUAGUAGAGAUGGAGUACCGUGGAGUUCCCAGGAAUGCCGAGACUUUCAAUGUGUUAAUAACGAAUUUGUGUAAGAUUAGGAAGACGGAAGAUGCGUUGAGGUUAUUUCAUAGUAUGGGAGAGUGGGGUUGUUAUCCUAACGAGUCUACUUAUCUUGUUCUGAUUCGGAGUUUGUAUCAGGCCGGUAGGUUGGAGGAGGGGGAUGAAAUGAUUGACAGAAUGAGAUCUGCUGGGUAUGGUGAGUUUCUUGGUACGAAGGCCUACUAUCAGUUCCUCAAGAUUUUGUGUGGCAUUGAGAGAAUUGAUCAUGCUUUGAGUGUGUUUGCUAUGAUGAAGGCUGAUGGGUGUGAACCCGGUGUUAAAACUUAUGACUUGUUGAUGGGGAAAUUGGGUGCCCACAAUCGUAUUGAUAGGGCUAAUGCACUGUUCAAUGAAGCCAAGAGUAGAGGACUCCCUGUGAUUCUUAAAGAUUAUGCUGUUGAUCCAAGGUAUCUAAAGAAGAAGAAGAUUGUCAAGAGUGUGAAGAAGAGGGAAACCUUGCCCGAGAAAAUGGCUAGGAAGAGAAGUCGCCUGAAACAGAUUCGGUUGAGUUUUGUGAAGAAGCCCAAACGAGUGAUGGGACGUUAA